AUGGCCUUCUCUCAUUUUGUUGAGUUCAAAGCUCCUCAAAUGACUCGAACAAAAGAAAGAUUAUUUCUCUCUCUUAACCGUCCAUUGGAAGAUAACCUCUACAGAAAGGUGUGUCGGGACCUUGACGGCCAUGUAAAGAAGCUUCUCGCCAAUCGUGAACAUCGUCUUACGAGAGGACAGAAAUCAAGAGAUAAUUCAGGGUUACCUACUUUGCUUGAUACCUCGGGCAAGAAAUACAUUUCAGAUAUGCAGAAAGCCAGAAUAUUAGGCGAAUAUUUUGCUUCCGUAUUCUCCAGCACUGGCUCUGAGCAAAACGUACCAGAUGUUAGGGGCAUUCCACACAUAGAGAGCAGACUUUCGGGGAUCUUCUUUCACCCAGAAGAUGUCCGGAAGAUGCUGGAACGCAUUAAACCUUCCACGUCAGAAACAUACGAUGGGAUCCCCCAGAUAGUCUAUAAAAAAUGUGCUUCAUCCUUAUGCCUGCCAUUAACACAUAUUUUCAACAUUUCUAUGAUUCUUGGUGAGGUACCGGAUCUGUGGAAAGAAGCCUUGGUCACUGCCAUACCUAAAUCUCCUAAGGCUGCAAACAUCUCCGAUGUUUCAACCGAUAAGCAUUACGCCUGCCCACAGUAA